CACCUUACCCCCUUAUCCAGACGCCCUCCUCCCCAAAAGCAACCUGCCCCUUGCUCCUCAGCCCGCCCAGCCCACCACCAGCACCCCUCCUCCACUCUCAGUCACUCACACGCACCCUCUCUUCUCUCUCCUGCUGUGUGCCAUUCCCUCUCUCUCCGUGCACUUCCUCAAAGUGGCCAGAGCUCCUCUCCCGUUUCUCUUGUCCUCUCUCUCUCUCUCUCUCUCUCUCUCUCUCUCUCUCUCUAUCUCUCUCCACAUCCCUCCGCCACUCUUGAUUCUUCCUGCCCCUCUCAAGAAGUGACCAAGCCGACCCCUCGGCCCGUCCAUCUUCACCUCCGCACCUUAAAACGGGACCUCGGGGCAUCUGCUCUCCAAAAAGAAAAAAAAAAAAAACUUCCUCCAAACAACUUCAUUUUCCCUCCUUGACCUUUUUUUGGUGUGCCCCCCCCCCCCCUCUGGAAGAAGCCGGCCGGUUGUGCGUCUGGCGUGUGCGAGGUCGCCGGUGUCGCGCUCUUUGCCCCUGAAGGGAGCCCCUAAAGAACCUUUUUGGCCGGCGAGAAGAUCGCACGAGAGGCUCCACCAUGAUGAGAGUUCAGCUGCUGCUCCUGCUGGCCCUGGCCGGCCCGUUCUGCGCCUUCACACGUGCAAGCCCCACGGCGCUCCCUGAGGAGCUGGACCCCGUGACCGCCGCUGUGGCAGAAACAGACGAGGUGGUGACACAAGCUCUGGAAGUUACCGAGGUUCCUAAGGCGGAGGCGGAAGUCAUCACCUUGAUCACCGGGCCCCCGGCGACCGAACCGGCGGCGGCGCCGGAAGAAGUAGCGACAGAGGCGGCCACCGAAGCUCCGGCGCCCGCCGAUCCCGUCACAGAUGAGGCCGUUGUGGAGACCGAAACCGUCGUCCUCGCCACGACCGGAGUCGCUGCCCCCCUCGUCACCGACGCCCCCGUUGUGGAGAGCGCGGCUCCCACCGAGCCGGCCGAGGUCGCGCCGGAGGCGCCGGAGGCGACGGCGGCCGCCGAAGUGGAGAGAGAAGUGGUGGUCGAGGAUGGCCCAGAAGAGGGCCUGAGCUCCGGACAGGUCGUCGGCAUCGUGAUCGGCGCCUUGCUGGCGGUGAUCAUCGUGAUCGCUGUGGUAGUCGCCGUGGUGAGGAGGAUGGGCAAAUACUCGUCUGCCAAGAACAAAAAACCUGCCAAAAAAGACAGCAUUUUGGUUUCUCCCCUGAAGAAAAAGGCCGCCAAGCAGCCGGAGCGCUCAAAGUUCUGGAAAUUCUGAACUACUGAACUGUGACGUCAUUACUGAUCAUUAAAACAAGCGCGAUACCAGAACUAAACUCGUCUAACCAGGACUCUGGACUGUAGCCAAAAACGAAACGCAAAAAAAAACAAGCAAACAAAGCAUAAAGAAACGAAAGAUGGGGAGGGAGGUUUGUGUGUGUUAAUGUAUAUACUGCAUGUAUGUGAGACGAGGGGGGCGUGGGGGGUACAUGAGCGAACAUCCUCGCCUCCCCUGCUACCUCCCUGAUCCCCGACACAAAGCGCUCCGUCCAGCCCGACUCCCUCGGCAGAGAGAACAAAACAAGGUGACGGCAGGAUGUCACAACGAAUUUCAGGGCUCCUCAAGUGCAUUUUGUAGAGAGAAGAGAGAAAGAAGGGAGAUUAUUUGGCAUCAGGGAAAAAGGACCAUCCCCUCCAUUAAAGUGAUGUCGCGCCUGACUUAGAUUGAGGUUGGAGAGCAGAGCGGAACAUCAAAAUAGGAAAUACUGAUAAACCAAAAAACAAUUAAAAAAAAAAAAAAAGAGAGCGAGAGUCACACAAGGAGGCUGGGAUCCGUACAGAAAGCAGGAAGUACUGUUAGAAAUUCCACAGGAUGUAUAUACAAUGCAAGGGGACUACAUAGUACACAGCUAAUGACUUUCUCAUAUGUUGCAGUUGCAUAGGCUAGCAUUUGAUAUUAUGGAAUACGCAGUAUGUACAGGCGGCCCGAGGCUAUUUUUGUGGCUACAAAACACCCCCCACACACACACACACACACACACACAUACACACACCCCCGAGCACAAGUUAAAGCACGUUCUCAUGCAGCCAGGAUCUCCGACAUGUCGUCCAACUGUAUGAAGCACCGUGUGCAGAGGUUGUUUCGACAUUACACUCAUAAGCUCUGAGGGCGAGCAAAGAAAAAAAACAAAACAAAACAAACAAACAGGCACCCUCAUUUGCAAGAGUAACGUGACAUUCUGCCCACUUUAACACUGACAUAUAAAAACCUGAUACAUAUCUGUGAAAUUUAGCAGAAGGGUUUGUGCCACUGUCUCUGGUAUUCUCGAGCUCGCUUGGAGGAUUUUAACUUUUGAAGUGCAUUAUUAAUGUGAAUUGACUGUACUCUUUGACUGCCACCCAUUCCAAAAAAA